GAGCCAGUCGUUUCCGAGUUCUCUGGCCCCUGAUUGGGACCUGCGCGCCCCGCUUCUCAGGCCAGAGGUGCAGAGACAUACCUCCCCGUCCGGGGCUCAGCCAGCACUGCUAGGUACACAGAAGGUGUCCAGCGAGUGUAGCUCAGGGCAUCCUGCGGGCGGGCUGCUGCUCCAUUCUGCGUGCUUGUCCGCAGCGUCCAGGCUGGGUGCUUUCACGCACCUGGUUCCAUCUGCACAGGGAAUGUGCAGGGGGCGCUGGGCCGCAUUCCCCAGAUGGGGAAACGGAGGCACGGAGAAGAAGAGCUGUCCUUCCUCCUCCACAACCACAGGUCUGGCCUGCCACUGUGGGCGGGGCCCUGGGAGUCACCUGGAACCAACAGAGGCCUUGGCAACGCACGCAGCAGUGCUUGUGGCAGCAGCCGCCAUAGGGAGGCCAAGCGUGGAGGCGGCACCGGGCUCGGAGCUGGCCAGGGUCCCCUUGCCUAUGGAGCACGCAGCCACCACAGGCCCCAGGCCUGGACCUCCCCCUCGGCGGGUGGACAACGUGAGUCCUCUGGGACGCACCACUCCUGCCACGGGGCUGGAGUCUGCCCUUUCCCCCAGGGGCCAGGAGGGUGCAGGUGCCUGCACCCUGGGUCUAAUCUCAGCCAAGGGAGGAACUUUUGCUGCUCAGCCAGGCAGGGAGAGGGGGUCAGUGACUGCAUGGGAGUGGGGCCAGCGCUCCAGGGACCCACCUGGGGAAUGGGUGGCGGUGCCUCCCCAGGUUGUGCUACGAGCCAAGGACUGGCUGCCAGGAGCUCCUGGGGGCACCACAGCGUGGGGCACCACAGCGUGGGCCACCAGCCUGGAAGCAGAGGUCCCACCAGAUCUGGUGCUCAGUGAGGAGCAGCAGCUGCAGAUCUCCAAGGAGCUGGUCGACAUUCAGAUCACAACCCACCGCCUACAGGAGCAGCAUGAGGCUGAAAUCUUUCAGCUGAAGAGUGAGAUCCUUCGACUGGAGAGCCGGGUGCUGGAGCUGGAGCUGCAUGGAGAUCACACCAGCCAGGGCUGUGCGGUCCCAGUGGAGGCUGACCCCAUGCACCGCCGGGCACCAGCCCAAGAGCUAAGACACAAAGCCCAGGUGCCUGGACACUCUGAUGACUGCAGACUCCAGGUGCAGCCUAAGAACGCCAUGAACCCUGAGAAUGAGCAGCAGAGGCUGGGGAAUGGCCCAGCCCUAUAUACCCCACAGCUGCUGGGAGGCCAGGAGCAACUGCAGAAACAAGUGAAGUGGGCGCUGGAGCGUCAGGAGGCCCGGCAGCAGGCACUGGAGACUCGUGUGGAAGCCCUGGGCCGGCAGCUGCAGGGAGCCCGAGAGGAGGCCAGAGCAGCUGGACAGCAACUGGCCACACAGGCUGUGGUGCUGUGCAGCUGCCGAGGCCAGCUCCGACAGGCAGAGGCCGAGAACGCCCGGCUGCAGCUGCAGCUCAAGACGCUGAAGGAUGAGUACGUCCUGCGGCUGCAGCACUGUGCUCGGGAGGCGGUGGAGCACGCAGACAGUGCAGGCCAGGCGCCAGCCACCACGGCCCUCCGGACAUUCCUGGAGGCCACUCUGGAGGACAUCCGGGCAGCGCACCGAAGCCGUGAGCAGCAGCUGGCCCGGGCUGCCCGCACCUACCACAAGCGGCUGGUGGAUCUGAGCCGCAGGCAUGAGGAGCUGUUGGCUGCCUACAGGUGGGCCCUGCUGGGGUGGGAGGCAUCAGGCAUCUGUGGGUCUUUAAGCCUGUGUCUCAAAGGCUUGGUGUGCAGCAGGAGUGGCCCAAGACAGACACUGGUCUACGCUGACAGGGCACCUGGGAACCCCCAAGCUAUUUUUGGCGCAGCCAGCUUGGACCUGGAACCAUUGCCCGUGCCCCUGGUCACUGACUUCAGCCAUCGGGAGGACCAGCACGGCGGGCCUGAGGCACUGCUCUCAUCCCCACAGAAGGGACCCGGUGGAGCCUCCCAGGGGGGAACAUCAGAGCCACAGGGCCUGGACGCUGCGUCCUGGGCCCAGAUCCACCAGAAGCUCCGGGACUUCUCCCGCAGCACCCAGAGCUGGAACGGGAGCGGGCACAGCUGCUGGUCCGGGCCACGGUGGCUGAAGAGCAACUUUCUGAGCUACAGGAGUACGUGGACCAGCACCUGGGCAGGUGGGCUCUCGAGAGGGAGCACGGUGUGACCCCAGGGCCCUGGUCUGGCCGGAAUGGAGGAUGACGGCUGCCUCAGGCACUAGAGGCAGACCCAUCCACAGAUGGGCAGGUCACUUAAGCAUGGUCCCUCUGAGCAGGUACAAGCAAGAAAUCCUGAGGCUGAGGAAGCUGGCAGGUUCAGGGAACCCCUGGAAAGUGGGGGCUGUGCCUCCAGCCAAGCUCCAGCAUCCAAGGACCGGCAGCCACUAGCCCGUCUCCCAGGACCAGAGCAAAGCCCAUCACAGCCAGCAUGGAGCCCUCCCACCCCGUCUCCCACGAAACAUGAGUCGGGAUACAACCCA